AUGUCGCACGGCUUCUCUCUUCCAGCCGCUAUUCCCCUGGACGCCAAACCGUCAUUUGAUGACACGAUAUCAGCUAUUGAGGAUGUUGAGCCAACUGAACCCACCCAUGUUCUUUCACACCUCAGCCCUGAAGAUGCCAGCGCCAUAAGAGAGUGGAACAAACUUAUUCCCAGCAAGGUUGACCAAUGUGUGCAUGAACUCAUUCAGUCUCGCACCCUGUCGCAACCAGAAGCCGUGGCGGUUCAUGCCAGUGAUGGACAGCUCACGUAUCGUGAGCUGGACGUCAUGUCAUCCGCGCUGGCAACUCGGCUUGUCAAUUAUGACAUGGGCUCAAAUCGGAUCGUACCCCUCAUAUUCGAGAAGUCUAUGUGGACCACCAUAGCUUUAUUGGGUGUCAUGAAGGCAGGUGGCGCAUUUCUCCUUGUUGAUAUUGCCCACCCAGUUCCACGGCUGAAGGAGAUAUUUGACAUAACUGCUGCAAAGCUGGUCAUUGCUUCUGAGAUGCAGGCUGGGCUUGUUCGGCAGCUCGAUCUGAAGGUGGUUUAUGUAGGUGUCAAUGAGAAUGCACCCAACAAGACCGAGUCGUGCCCUCCAUUGGCGCCAGUCCCUUCUCGCCGUCCUGCCUACUGUGUGUUCACGUCCGGUUCAACGGGACAGCCGAAAGGCUUCUGCGUUCAGCAUGAUGCAUUUGCGACAAUGGCUGCAGUUGUCCCGGAGGCCUUCAACCUAUCGUCGACAAGUCGCGUGUUUCAAUUCGCCUCUCAUGCUUUCGAUGCAAGCGUUUUUGAGUAUCUUGCGUGUCUCGUGAUGGGUGGCUGUCUAUGUAUUCCCUCAGAGUCUGCGCGCACCAGUUCUCUUGCCGAAGCCAUCAAUGUAUUCCAAGCCAACUGGAUCAUCCUAACACCAUCCGUGAGCCGCGUUAUAUCACCUGCCCAAGUACCCACGCUGCGCACACUCGUCAUGACAGGGGAACCUAUGAGGGAAGAUGAUGUAGAGAGAUGGUCCGGCAACCUCAAACUAGUUAACGGCUAUGGUCCUUCCGAGUGCGCUGUUUGUUGUGCUGUGUGCCCAUCCGUCACUUCUGCCACUGAGCCUGGUCAGAUUGGCCGUCCACUCGGAGCUGUCCUAUGGCUUGUCGAUCCCGAAGACCACGAGCGGCUGGUGGAAAUCGGUGCAGUGGGAGAGAUUUUGGUUGAAGGACACACUGUGGGAAAGGGCUAUCUUUCCAACUCGGAACAGACGGCGAAGAGUCUUGUGGACGCACCUCGCUGGCUGAUAAAUUUCCGCCAGGUCCCAUGCAGCCCGGUGUAUAAGACCGGUGACUUAGCCGUGUACCUGCCUGACGGAACGUUGCAACUUCGUGGGAGAAAAGACACUCAGGUGAAAAUUCGAGGCCAAAGAGUCGAGCUGGUUGAGGUAGAGCAGCGACUGAAGAACUUCUAUGCUCCGGACAUUGAGGUUGUUGCUGAGAUAGCCAAGACAGCUGAAGAACCAAUGCUCGUCGCUUUUGUGUGCAAUUUCCUGCCUUCAGAACCUUGCAAGAGUAUUCUGAGCGCACCUAGUGUUUCUUUCCAAGCCGCGGCCCAGGAGGCUGCGAAUACAUUACGCCAAACCGCCCCUGAUUACAUGAUUCCCUCCACGUUCUUCCCUGUCAAUUUUCUUCCGACCACCAUUACAGGCAAGACUGAUCGUCGGCAGCUGCGGCUCGCGGUGGAAAGGCUGUCUCGCCCUGAGCUCGCUGAAUAUAAUGCCCCGUGCUCGGCCCAUGACGAUCCACAGCUCGUUUCAGACCCGACACAAAUAACUUUGUGGAAGCUAUGGUGCCAGGUGCUCCACUUGGAUGGUGAUGGUAAUUGCAUCGGGGCGAAGCAUAACUUUUUCCAUCUCGGUGGCACGUCAAUCAAUGCGAUGAAACUUGCGUCUUUGUGUCAGAAAAAUGGGUUCAAAAUUCGAGUUUCAGCCAUUUUGGCCAACCCUGAGCUCGAUAAAAUGUCCUCCAUGAUUGAUAACCAUCAAGACAAAGGCGAAUGGCUUGUGAGCCCGAUAAACGUUGUACCGGGCGUCAAGGAAGCACUAGUCGAAGCUAAACUUAUAUCCUCAGCGGAUACGGUUGACAUUUUCCCUAGCACUGAAUUCCAGAGAUGGAAUUUACAACAGCCCUGCGAUCACCUCUCUAUCCAACUACCGGCAGAAGUGGAUAUCCCACGCCUUGAGGCUGCCUGGCAGAAAGUUUUGAAAAGACAUGCAGCCCUACGAACGGAGUUUCUGUCCUGGAAGGAUCACACAUUCCAAGUUGUUCAGCAUGAUGUUGAGCUCUCAUUGGAACAAAUUGACGUUGAUGAAGACCUAUUUUGCGCCAUUGAAAGUCUCAUUCGUGAGCCUUCACGACAGUUCCCAGGUCCCGGGGCAUCGCCAUUCCAUCUCACUUUGAUAUCGAGUCGUGAACAUCGGGCCCUCUUGGUCCGUAUAAGCCACGCUCAAUAUGACGGGGUUUCAUUGCGGAUUCUUUAUCACGAUCUGAUGGCUGCGUAUUCCGGGAAACAUCUGGCGCAAGGGACAGACUUCCCCGACUACAUGCGAGUUCGCUGUGCUCAAAACACGUCGAAAGCGUUCGACUACUGGCGAAAAGUAUUGGACGGGGCCACUAUGGCAACAUUGUGGCGGCCCCGCCCAGGUCCACCAGGCUGCCUAUCCCUCCACAUGAAAGACGUACAACUCCCCUUGCCUCCCACAGGAAUUACGCGUGCCACUUUACUUAUGUCUGCCUGGGCCUGGGUUCUGGCUGUUAUCACCAGUCGAUCGGAUGUCGUCUUUGGGUAUGUAUCCAGUGGCCGAGACGUUCCAUUGGAUGGUGCGAAUGACUUUGUUGGUUCGGCUGUCACUACGGUACCCUUGCGCCUCGUCAUUCAAAAAUCGUGGUCCAUUGCCGAUUUCCUCUGGGCGGUUCAGAUGCAACGGAUAUCGAACGCUCAAUAUGAAGUCGUGGACUUCGAGGACAUUGUUUCUAAAAGCACAUCAUGCUCCGCGGGCGCGCAGCUUGGUAGCGUGUUUUCCUAUGAAGAUUUUGGUGCAAGUUCCGAAAUCUUGCUUGAAGGCAUCCACUGUCCCACCCAAUUCCAUUUCCAGAAAGCCCCCACAGUACCUUACGCCUUGAUUGCCCCCCAGGAGGACGCCGUUGGGGUCAGGGUCGCCGGUCGCACAGACUUCCUUUCCCAACAUGAAGCGGUGAGGCUAUGCGAAAUGCUCUGCACGAUCGCGAUCAAGUUUGCGGAAACUCCUGACCGGGCCCUGCCGUGGGAGAGUUUGGUAGAGGCUCCACAUGGCUUGGAGUUUCCAGCAAGGGGUCAGACAUCGUGA